AAUAAACAUAACCUAACGUCAAGCCGCUUGCGUUGCGCGUUGCCACGAAGUUAAUAAAACCUUAAAACCACUUUGUGUUACACUAUCGUUCAAAAUGGGGAAGCGGCAACAUCAGAAAGACAAGAUGUACAUCACAUGUUCUGAGUACACUAAUUUCUACGGGGGGAAGCGAGCAGAAAUCCCACAGGCAAACUUCAGACGGCUUCCAUUUGACCACUGCAGCUUGUCUCUUCAGCCGUUUGAAUACCCUGUUUGUACUGUGGAGGGAGUUGUAUUUGACCUGCUGAGCAUUGUUCCUUGGAUAAAGAAGUACGGCACCAAUCCCAUCUCUGGCGAGAAACUGGAAGCAAAGUCCCUCAUCAAGCUCAACUUCUGCAAGAAUAGUGAGGGAAAGUAUCACUGCCCCGUUCUGUACAACGUCUUCACCAACAACUCCCACAUCGUCGCCAACGAAGUCACCGGCAAUGUUUUUUCCUACGAGGCUGUGGAGCAGCUGAACAUCAAGACCAAGAGUUACAAAGAUCUGCUGACUGAUGAAGCAUUUACCAGGAAAGACAUUAUAACGCUCCAGGAUCCUACCAAACUGGACAAAUUCAAUGUUUCCAACUUCUUCCAUGUGAAGAACAAUCUCAAAGUCUUGGAUCCAGAUGAGGAAAAAGCCAAGCUGGACCCAGCUUACCACCUUAAGAGCACCAACAUGGAAACAAAGGAGACCCUGGCUGAGCUGUAUAAGGACUACAAGGGAGACCAGCUCCUGGCUUCUACCAUGAAGGAGCCAGAGGCCAAGAAGACGGACAAGUUGAAUGCUGCUCACUACUCCACAGGCAGAGUCUCAGCCUCGUUCACAUCCACAGCCAUGGCCCCUGCCACCAUGCAUGAAGCAGAUGCCAUCGCAGACGACACGGUUCGCUACCAGUAUGUGAAGAAGAAGGGCUACGUCCGUCUACACACAAACAAAGGAGACCUUAAUCUGGAGCUGCACUGUGAUAAGGUUCCCAAAGCUGGAGAGAACUUCAUCCGUCUGUGUAAAAAAGGCUACUAUGAUGGGACUGUCUUCCACAGGUCCAUUCGAAACUUCAUGAUUCAAGGAGGAGACCCCACCGGCACCGGUACAGGAGGGGAAUCCUUCUGGGGCAAGCCGUUUCGGGAUGAGUUCAGGCCCAACCUGUCUCACACGGGUCGGGGGGUGCUCAGCAUGGCCAACUCCGGUCCCAACACCAACAAGUCCCAGUUCUUCAUCACAUUCCGCUCGUGCAUCUACCUUGACAGGAAGCACUCGGUGUUUGGAAGGGUCGUGGGCGGCUUCGAGACACUCACAGCCAUGGAGAAUGUGGAGAGUGAUCCCAAAACUGACAAGCCCAAGUCUGAAAUUAAACUCCUGAGUGCCACCGUGUUCGUGGACCCUUAUGAAGAGGCCGACGCACAGAUCGCAGCAGAAAGGGAACAGGAGCUUCAGAAGCAGGAGGAGGAAAGACAGCAGGCCAGUGCCGCCCUUCAGAAAGCCAAGGAAGACCAGGCCCCCAAGACCUUCAAAGCAGGCGUUGGGAAAUAUAUCAACCCUGCCACAACAAAACGCCCAGCAGCGGUGGAGGAGAGCGGACCAUCCACCAGCGGAACGGGAGCCAAGAAGUCCAAAGGCAAGAGCGGCUUUGGUGACUUCAGCUCCUGGUAGCAUGCAGACACAUUUAGCCGCUCCAUGCAAACCCCAACAGGUUUAUAUUUUAUAUUGUUUUUUUCUUUGAUUUAUAUACCUGAUAAGUUGGAAGGUUGAAAUGGUUUUGUUAGCUUCACUAAAUAGUUUUUUUUCUCUUUAUUUGUUGUGUUGUCAAUAUCUGUGACCUUGGUUUUAUUUGACAAUAAAUGAAA